AUGGGAUCAUGCAUGACGAGACUCAAAGCCGAAAUGGUUGCCCCUCCAUCAAACAGUGGUAAUUGGGAGGGUCUAGCACCGCAAAGACCACAGGCUUAUGCUCCUAGAGAGCCUCGACAGCGGCAACAGAUGGAGAAGGAUACGAAUGGCGUGCUGUUGGGAAGACGCGAGACUGCAAGUGGCAUACCGGGAUUGACCUAUGACCAUGCUGGGCGUCCUGUUUGGCGAGAAGAAAACGCUAUUAGGGUUGAGCAUCGGGAGAAUCGAUAA